UCGUUAACCGAGGGACCACUGUAUUACUAAUGUUACUACAAUACAACACCGACCAUUAAAUUAGCAGUGUGUUAGGGUCGACUACCAACAAUGCAUUUAAUUUAUUUAUGAUCAAAAUGGAAAGUAUUACAAUAUAAGAUAUUACAUGUCACACUUCCCAGAUGCUUCUGGUGUUAUUGUACAGGGGUACCUAGUGACAGCACUAGGAUCCCGCUUCCUCUAUCAAGGAAUAAACAAUUGAAAUUUAAUUGAUAUUUCCUUCAAUGUCUUCUUAAUAAUGUUUAAAUCACUAAAUCACCAAUAUAACGACUGUUAAAUAGAACGCUUAAAUAUAUCUGCAGUGUGGACCUUGGUGUGUGAAGGGUUUGCAUGCAGUGCAGUUGUAACACAUGUGGCUCAAUAGAGGGUCAGGUUCAUGCUAAUGUUGUUCAUUAUCCAAUUGGUGACUCGCCACCUGUACAAACUGCACACAAGUGUGGUAACGGGUGUGCAUGUGUGCAGUACUGUAUAUACAGUCGUACGAAGGGGCAGAUACGCACACACGGAGUGGUGACCAUGGCUGCUCUACAACCUACUGUGCUCGUCAAGCUCCUCCUACUCUUCUUCGUUUUCCUGUUCCAGGGAGCGGAGUCGAAGACAGGGACAGGAGCUGUUGUCAAAGAAGACUCCCCCAGCACCACCGCUGAACAAACUAUUGUACUACCACACUACCUCCAUCAGCCACCAUCUUCCGUACCACCACUUGUGACUACAAAGCCUUCAACCCAGCCCAUACUAUGACUUUAGGGGUCAACUCUAAGUGUAACAUCAGCUGGACCGGGAUAACGGAUGAGGAGAGGCAGGAAAUUCUUGAUGCUCACAACACUCUAAGGGCCAAGGUAGCUCAAGGGAACGAAAAACUGGGUGAUCUAGGACCACAACCAUCUGGUGCUAACAUCCAACAGUUGGUCUGGAAUGAUGAGCUGGCACAGGUAGCUGAGGCGUGGGCGAGUCAAUGUCGUAGGGGCCACGAUGGCUACCCCAAGAGGAAGAUCUGCUCCAGGAACUAUGUUGUAGGCCAGAACAUCUUCUACCAAUGGAGUAACAACCCUGCCUCGGUAUGGACGAAAGCGGUAAAGUCAUGGUACAAUGAGGUAUCUUACAUGCCCAACACCUACGUCUCCACCUUCAAUGCUGUCCCACCUUCUAAUAAAGUAAUUACCCACUACUCCCAGGUAGUGUGGGCCAAGACCUACGAGGUUGGGUGUGGCGCCGUGUACUACACCACCAUGUUCAGAGGGAAGACUUACACCCAGAGCAAGAUCUACGUGUGUAACUACGGCCCCGCUGCCAACUACCGGAACAGACCUGUGUAUCUAGAAGGUGUGCCAGCUUCCCAGUGUCCAAAUACACCCUCUGAGGUGUAUAUUGGCUUAUGUAACUAAGCUCAAGUUAUCUACCAUCUACCUGUGUAACUACUUGGGUUAUCUACAAUCUACCAGUGUAACUACUAGGGUUAUCUACAAUUUACCAAUGUAAUUACUCAGGUUAUCUACCAUUUACCAGUGUAACUACUUGGGUUAUCUACUGUCUGCCUCUGUACCUACAGUAGACUGGAGUAAUCUACUAUCUACCUGCUUAAUUACUCAGGUUAUCUGCCAUCUACAUGUGUAACUACUCAGGUUAUCUACCAUCUACCAGUGUAACUACUUGGGUAUCUAUCAUCUGCCGCUGUACCUUGACUGGUGUAAUCUACUAUCUACCCAUGUAACUAGUAAUGUCUAUCAUCCACCACCAGUCAAAUACAGUAUACCAUUCUCCCUCUCUCUGAAUACCUUUGAACACCUUAGAGGGCAUUACUUAGUCAAGCAUUCAUACCCGGAACUAAGGAAUGCCCACCCCAUUAGAGGUUACAAAUUCAGAGUAAACAUUUUUGGAGCAAAAGUUGUGAACUCUUGCAACAAUCUGAAAGAGAGUGUGAGCUCAUUAGAGACCAAACUUGACCAACACAAGUACAAGUACAGAUACUGUACACUCUAAAG